GUUGGUCUUUGCUUCAGCGGCGGUGGCCUUGCGUCGGCUGCAGCUGCAGUAGGAGCCCUCCGCGCCUUGGAGGCCGCAGAUCUGAUGGAGCAGUUCGAUGCCCUGAGCGUGGUGUCGGGUAGCGCAUGGGCGACUGCGGCAUACAUGUUCGACAAGGAGCCGGCAUCUUCCCUGCUGGGGCAGAUUGCACCGCUCAGUGAGCUGACUUUGGAGGCAUUGGAUGCACUUCCACCACCGGCUCUUCAGGGCUCUACGCGCGAGGCAGCCGUGUCGAAGGUGUUCUUCGGCGUAGAGGUCCCCGUGGAGGAACUGCGCCAGGCAGUUGCCAAGAGCUGGCUUGAGGAUUUUUCCUUGGACCAUCUGGCAUACCUGGCAGGGGGCGAGGAGGAGAAACAGCGCAUCAUCGAGGCCGCGCCACAGCUGCAGGACAAAGAUUUCCUGGUGCCCCGGCGGGAUCGGCCCAAAUCCUGGAUGGUCGGGGCAGCUCUGUCCUCCGAGGAUGGCUCCGUGCUGCCCUUCGCCGUGACACCGAGCCGAGUCAGCGCCCCUGCAGACGAGGAUAGCUCUCCAAGGCCUUCUGAGGCGGUGGUGUAUCCCUUCUACAGGGACCUGGAACGGAACAGCCUAUUUUCCCGAGGCGAGGUGGAGACGUUUGCCUUCGGUGGCCGUGAGGCGCUGAGCAUCGACAGCCCCCCAUUUCAGCCCGGUAGCCCCGUCAUCCGUCUAGCUGCUCCGACAGAGCCUUUCUCGCUUGCCGACGCCCUGACGAUGAGUGGACUCUCUGCUGCGGCGCAGCUUUUCCCGGGCUUGCCAAAGCCGGCGCGCUGGCCGGUGAAG